GUGGCGCGUCGUUUUCGUUUUCAAUAUACGUUUGGGUUUUCAACAUGGCGGACUUAAACGCGGCCAGCCGAUUUGAAAAAUCGUUAGGUUUGUUGACAACACGUUUCGUAAAUCUUUUGCAAGAAGCUCGCGAUGGGGUGUUGGAUCUGAAAGUGGCCGCGGAUACCUUGGCCGUCAGACAGAAACGGCGUAUUUAUGAUAUCACAAAUGUUCUAGAAGGAAUAGGACUAAUAGAAAAGAAGAGUAAAAACAGUAUACAAUGGAGAGGGGCAGGCCCUGGAUGCAAUACUCAAGAGAUCGGAGAAAAACUUGCUCAGUUGAGGAAUGAAGUAGCAUCAUUAGAUACAUUAGAAAAAAACCUAGACCAGCACAAGCAGUGGAUACAGCAAAGCUUUCGUAACACAAGUGAAGAUAGUGUCAACAGUCGAUUAGCAUACAUCACUCAUGACGAUCUUUGCUCAAGCUUUGAAGGUGAUACCUUAUUAGCCAUCAGAGCACCACCACAUACUCACCUAGAAGUUCCCAUUCCAGAAGAAGACCAGAUUCCCUUACAGAAACGUCAGUAUCAGAUCCAUCUGAAAUCACAAACAGUUCCCAUUCACGUUCUGCUGGUGAAUAAGGAUAAUGAAGGCACUAGUCCGAUUGCUGUACCUGUACCUCCCCCGAAACGGUUCUUAACGGAAACGCGGCGUUCGCCACGCAAGUCUCAAUCUCAAGAUCAGCAAGAACCGGCUUUAAAGCCGAUGCAGUCAUCUGGAGCCGAUGCAGAUGACACCGAAAUGGAGGAACUUGUGUCUGAUUCGUUCCUCCGAUUAAGUCCUCCUCCCAGUGAGAGGGACUAUUACUUCCACCUUGAUGAAAAUGAGGGUCUUACCGAUCUAUUUGACAUGCCCAUCUCGUCUUUCUGAUCCCGCAUGCUGCAUAGCUGACCCUAGCUA